AUGCUUGCUAGUGAAUCACUAACAAUGGACUUUAUAACAGAGAUUAAACAGAAACUGAGAUGUUCUGUCAGAGAUUUAUCACAAUGGAAGUUAUAUAAUUCCUCCAAAUGGUCUGCUGAAGCACUCAAUGGUAUCAUCAAAACAUCAGAAAAUGAUAACAACAACAACAAUAAUAACAAUACCAAUAAUAUCAAUAAUACUAGUUAUGGUGAUCCCCAUUCGUCAAUACCACACAUGACCAAGGAUGAUUCUCCUUUAAAAUUAAAUAUCUCAUUAUCGUCAGAUGGGCAAGUCUCUCCUGAUAAUAUUUUUAAAUCUACUGCUAAAUCAAAUACUGGUUCAUUGAAUAUCGAUCCUAUGAUGGGUCUCUCUGAAGAAGAAUAUGAUACUUAUCUCUUUGCCUCCACCCUAUUUGAUUGUAAAGAAUUUGAUAGGUGUUCCUUCUAUUUGAAAGAUGUUAAAGAACCAAGGUUAAAAUUCUUGAAACUCUAUACAGAUUUCUUAAUAUGGGAUAAGAAAUAUAUGGAAGCUACCGAGAACAUUUUAAUGACAGGAAGAUUAGAUAAAAGAAUAAUCAACAAUCUAAGCAAACAUGAUCCAUCAAAUGGUGACCUAAAUAGAAUGGAUGGGCAAAUUUUAGAAAUGUUUAAUAACAAUUCACAAAAUAAUAAGUCUUUAACUACUAGCACAAUUUUGUCAGAGACUGGCCAUCAAACGAGUCUGUCUCUUCUUUUAUCUGAAUUAAGAGAGUAUAUGGAUACACACAUUAAACCAUUAUUAAGUGAUAACGAUAAUGUAAUAUCAGACAAAACAAAAUUGGGGAUUGCAUUAUUAUAUUAUUUAAAGGGAGUGAUACUUACACGACAAGGUAAUAAAUCUAUCGCUAUAACUGCUUUCUUAAAUUCUUUAUCGUAUUACAAUUAUAACUGGAGUUGUUGGUCAGAACUAUUAAACUGUAUAUCAAGAUUUGAUGAAGCACAGUUACUUUUAAGCUAUAUAGAGAAUAAUUUUGUUAUUAGACAGAGCAAUGAAACAACGUCCCAAUUAGUAAUAAACUCCAAUAUAAUGGUUGAUUUUUUCAAAUUAGCCAUAUAUCAAGAAUUCCAUAGUUCCACAAUUGACUUAUCCACACCAUCUAAUUCUUACACAACCGAUAAUGUAACAAGUUUAAAUUUCAACAACCAUACUACACCGCAAUCGAACAAAAAAAAUAAUAUUAAUAGUAACAAUCAGAACAGUAUCAGUAUUAAUGCCAAUACUAAUGAUAGCAACAACAACAGCAACAACAUCGAUGAAUUCUUUAGAAUCUUGGAAUAUUUGUUAAUAAUAAUGCCAAAUUUCUCAUUUUUAAAAUCUAUGAAUGCAAUGAUAAGUUAUAGUUAUAUGGACUAUGCCACUGCAGAAAUAAUUUUUGACGAUAUUGUGAAACACGAUCCUUAUAGACUAGAAGAUCUAGACAUUUAUUCGAAUAUACUAUAUGUGAUGCAAAAAUAUUCGAAAUUGACGUAUUUGGCUCAGUUCGUUUCCCAAUUGGAUAGAUUUAGACCAGAGACAUGUUGCAUAGUGGCAAAUUAUUACAGUGCAAGGCAGGAACACGAAAAAUCCAUCAUGUAUUUCAGAAGAGCACUGGUAUUAAACAAGAAGUCAACUAGUGCGUGGACGUUAAUGGGCCAUGAGUUUGUCGAGUUAAAAAACUCACAUGCAGCUAUUGAAUGUUACCGUAGAGCAGUAGAUAUCAAUGAAAAAGAUUACAAGGCAUGGUAUGGUUUAGGACAAGCAUACGAAGUAUUGGAUAUGCACCUAUAUUCUCUGUACUAUUUUCAAAAAGCUUGUACACUAAAACCGCUGGAUCGUAGAAUGUGGCAAGCCGUAGCUGAUUGUUAUGCCGUAUUAAAGGAUGCAACUCAAGCUAUUAAAUGUUAUCAAAGAGCAUAUCAACUAUCCUCUAAUCCUGGUCAAGAUGCAUUGCUUUUGUACAGAUUAGCCAAACAAUAUGAACAAAUGAUGGAUAUAGAUAAUUGUAAGAUGACUAUGUUGAAAUGUAUUGCAAUUGAGGACAAUUCAUCCGGUGAAUUAGUAACAGACGAAACAAUAAAGGCAAGAUUAUGGUUGGCACAGCAUGAAAUGAGAAUGAAAAAUUAUGAAACUGCGUACAAUCAUGCUGUUAAUAUAACCAAUGGUACAUCCGAAGAGAUUGAAGAGGCAAGAAAUAUAGCUAGAAAUUGUCGUAUUAUCUUAAAAUAA